AGACUAUGGACGUGCCCGAUCCAUGGUUGUUUAGUUUAAUCGGCUACACGUGACGAUGUUUUACUUGCGGGUUAGGUGAUAAAGUAUUCGGGUGUGGGUCCGGGUUCUACUUUUGGCCGUGUGUUGUUGAUUAACACAGUUGGUCUCCGAGUCCAGGGGGUUCCACAACCAAACAGGUCUUUAUCAGAUCUCUGCUGUGUGCAACGGAGUAGAUUAGAUCGUUUCUUCCUGAAUUAAACUGAGAAGGACGCAUCGCUUUCUUACGCCUUGGACUUAUAUGGCCCAAUUAUUGGUCAUGGACAUGUGGUGAAAGUUCUGUUUCAGUAAUUGACCCUGAGGUUACCCUCUAUUUCAAGUUUUAGACUUGCCUCCUGUGGAUCGCCUGAGGAUGGCGAAAUGACGCAUGGGUUGAGGUGAUGGGUUUUUCCAGAUAAAAAAAGAGUUUAUAGGGAUGAAAAAAGGGGAAGACGAAGGUUGAAAGGCAUACAAUUGAUCUCAGGGAAACAAGAACGAAACUUGGGUUGAUUUCCUUUUUGAAAGGACUUUCCUUUGAGCUGAUGUUCUCCUUAGUGAGAUGACGGCUAGAGCUUUUACAGGGGAAAAUGGUGAUGAAGAUGUCACCAUUAAAAUCCUCUUCUGUGGGGUUUGUCAUUCUGACCUUCACGUGGCCAAGAAUGAAUGGGGGUUCACAAAUUACCCUGUUGUCCCUGGGCAUGAAAUGGUUGGAACUGUGAUGAAAGUGGGGAGCGAUGUGAAGAAAUUUAAAGUGGGUGAGCGAGUAGGUGUUGGGGUCAUAGUGGGCUCCUGCAAGAAAUGUGAGAGCUGCCAGCAGGAUCUGGAAAACUACUGCCCCCAGACAAUAUUUACCUAUAAUUCCCAUUACACAGAUGGAACGAAAACUUAUGGUGGUUACUCUGAUAUGAUAGUUGUUGACGAGCGUUAUGUGCUUCGUUUCCCCGACAACUUACCAUCGGAGGGUGGUGCACCACUAUUAUGUGCUGGAAUCACGGUGUAUAGCCCAAUGAAAUACUAUGGCAUGACAGAGCCUGGGAAGCAUUUGGGUGUGGCUGGACUUGGUGGGCUUGGUCAUGUGGCCGUGAAAAUGGGCAAGGCAUUUGGACUAAAAGUUACUGUCAUUAGUUCCUCUCCCAAAAAGGAAACUGAGGCGAUUGAAAGACUAGGUGCCGAUUCCUUCCUUGUAACCAGUGACCCUGCAAAAAUGAAGGCAGCUCUGGGAACCAUGGACUACAUCAUUGACACAGUUUCUGCUGUGCAUCCUCUUCUUCCAUUGCUUAGUCUGCUCAAGCUGAAUGGCAAACUUGUUACUGUGGGAUUGCCUGAUAAGCCCCUAGAGCUGCCCAUCUUUCCCUUGGUUCUGGGCCGCAAGCUUGUGGGGGGCAGUGAUAUAGGAGGCAUGAAAGAGACUCAGGAGAUGCUAGACUUCUGUGCGAAACAUGGUAUCACUGCGGAUGUUGAGGUAAUCCAGAUGGACUACAUCAAUACAGCUAUGGAAAGGCUUGCGAAGUCGGAUGUGAGGUACAGGUUUGUGAUCGAUGUGGCCAGCUCCUUGUCGCAGUAGAUAUAUGGUGAUGCGUCCUGAAUAUUUCAUCUGCCAUUAUCGAGGACUUUUUAUUAGAAUAAAGGGGAACUUGCCGGUGCGAAGAAUUUGCGCUCUUCCUUCUCCGCAGUUUGGCUUAGCUUGAUUAAAUGUACUAGUUCUGCUUUCUUGUGUGAUUACUUUCGCUUGUUCAAUCAUCUUUGAUAUUCUGCUGGAUUUGGGGAGGCUGUAUCAGUUGGUCAGGGACUUCUCCCAGGUCGGCCAUCUUCCCCUAGAUUCAGCAGAAGAACAUAUAUUCGGUUUGGCAUUUACAUCAGCCAGAAAGUCUUGAAUUUCCUGCUUAAACAAA